GGCUCCGCGGUGCCAUGCUGUACGGUAGCUGUUCUGCUAAUCUCUGGAGUUCUGCUAUUAUUUGCUUGUAUAUCGAAAUUAUAUAACUACAGAUCAAGGCUGAAUAUUAACCAUUGCAUGUAGGAUCGUUGGAUAAUGUUAAACAAUGCAAAUCGGUGUGCAAUUUAGCUUUUUAUUCAAACAAAGCCGUAUAAGAUGAUGGCUUCAGUUUACUUAAUGUCAAAACACGAGGGUUUUACUGGCAGCAUAAAAAACUUCACCAGAGACUUUGUAGUGACGGAGAUAGACAUUUCUGGAAAUCAGGUCAGCAAAUCAACUAUUUCUGAAGACGUACCCCGUAGUUUUGUUGAGAAAACUAGAGAAUCUGUUAAGGAACCUGAUGUUUCUCCUAUUAUACAAAAGACUGAACAAGACUGUAACUCACCCAGUCCAGAGAUCUUAGAUUUGGCUGUCAUUUUGAGUCAAGGAAUCAGUGAUAAGCUGGAGCAGUUUGUAUCUUCUUUGAAAAAUGGAUUCUCAUCAGACCAAGAGUUAAGUUUGGGAAGUUUCACUGACAAGCACCAAAGGGCAAACGUGCAUAGAACUGUCAAACUUCGCUUUCCUUUUUUGAUGACAACAACCAACCAAUGUGAGAUAAAAGUUCAAGAAAGCCAAGACUACAAAGAGCUCAAGCAAUUGGUUUCUGAAGAGGAGGCAGAUGCAUUCUUCAGAUUCACAGACGCUAAAGUUAGUGGAUCCUCAUAUACGUUUUUACCUGAUGAUAGUAAGGAACAUAGGACAGCUGUGCACCGCUUCCUGAGCCGAAGGUUUGGGAAAUUGGUGGAGACAAAGAGCUUCACAGAUCAGGGCAAAACUUCAAUCUCUGUGAGACUGAGGGAGAGAGGGAAGCCAAAGAAGAGGACAGCGGAGGACUGCAGACAAGAAGACAUUUACACAGCAUUCACUUUGUGUAAGGAGAAUCUGGAGACUUUAGAAGCUAUUAGCUACAUGGCCACUGAGCUUGGAGUUCUGCCGUCAGACUUCACCUAUGCAGGCAUCAAAGACAAGAGAGCCAUCACCUACCAGUCUAUGGUGGUCAAGAAGGUGUCUCCAGAGAGGUUGAAAGAGAAGGCUGCAGAGUUUGAAAGAAAAGGGAUCCAGCUUUUUGCUGUUCGAUCUGUCAGUGAACCACUGAAGCUUGGGCGGCUUCGGGGAAAUCAUUUUGAUAUUGUUGUUCGGGGCAUAAAACCGCAUAUUUAUGAUGGGCCCGUCCCACUCGCCUAUACGGAAGACCUGGUGAAGGCAGCAGUAGAAAUGGUCAAGAACACUGGAUUUGUAAACUACUAUGGUCCACAGAGAUUUGGCAUAACCCAGAGAGUUCAGUCUGACCAAAUAGGGCUGGCACUGCUCAAAGAGGACAUGGUCAGUGCAGUACAUCUUUUCUUUACUCCAGACAAGGGAGACGAGCCUCAAAACCAAGCUAAGCGACAUUUUCUUGAAACAGGAAAUGCAAAAGAGGCCUUGUUGUUGAUGCCAGAAUCCAAAGCAAGGGAACGUCUAAUGCUUCGUGCUAUGAACCGUUAUGGCACAGGUCCAGACGGCUGUGGUCAAGCCUGGCUAAGUCUGCCCCACAGCACCAGGAUCUUCUACUUGCACUCGUACUGCAGCAGAGUGUGGAAUGAAGCUGUGGCACAUAGACUGAGUAUUUUAGGCCAUAGUGUUAAGCAAGGAGAUCUGGUGCAGGAGGUGACUGGCACAAUGGAUGACAGUGCUGACACGAGCUCAAACCAGAUCCAUGUGGUAACAGAGGAGGAGGAGAGGGGGAGAGUCUACACACUGGGACAAGUACUCCUCCCAAUGCCAGGAAACACAGUGAAAUAUCCUGAAAACGCUAUGGGGGCCUGGUACAGAGAGAGACUGUCUAAAGAUGGACUGGAGAGCUGCAGGUUCAGAGUCAACAGCCUCAAACUGAAUGUGCCUGGCUGCUACCGCCCUCUACUGGCCUUUCCACGCAACCUCGACUACAGGCUGCAAAGAGAGCAAGAAGAUGGAGUGGGAAACUGCACGGAGGCGGUAGAUGAAGGGGGGAAUGACAAAACAGAGGACCAAGUCAAACUAAAUCUUACUUUAAAUUUUGACCUCUUCCCUUCCUGCUAUGCCACUGUGUACCUCAGAGAAGUCAUGAAGUUUAUGGUAAAUUAGUCUGAAACACAUUUUGUCCAAUUUUGUACCAUUUCUGCCUUUACAUUUUACAAUUGGAAAUGUAUUACUGUAACCUACAAUUUUGUACUGACACCUCACUAGAAUAACAAACAAAGAGUUCAAUUGCGAAUAACGAUAAGUGGCAUUUUAAAAAAGUCAUCAUGUUUCUUGGUAAUAUCUGUAGAAGAUGGUAACAAAAAGAAAUUAGAAAGAAAUACUACAAUUUUUAAAAAACAAGAUCUGUUUUAGCAACUGUACUUACAUUUGCGUGAAUUCACCCGAAAUAUUUAAAUUGUUCAAAAACCACUAUGAUAAACGUUUUUGCCUGACUGGUAUAAGUACAUAAUGAUACCAUAUGUGCAGUGUUAUUUGAAGUUAAUUUUAUUUAAUGAUAUCCAAAUUAUAGAUGACCUAUAAGUAAUAAAAUACUGUACAGAUUUGGUUAUUGUCAUUGUACGCUUUGCUGCAACGGACACUAGAUGGAGACAACAGAUAGGAAUUUGCAGAUUGGCGGUAUAUAGCUCUGAGUUUAAGUGAUACAUUUAUCAACAGGAACAAGCUAAACUGCAUCAUAUGAACACAGUAUCAUUUAUUAUCUUGGCUAGUAGUUCUCAACUGUUUUGUCUCGAGUACUUCCCAAACUUUGUCACACAUUCUGAAUACCUCCCAAAAUCUAUAAUGGUGUAUUAAUCUGUUAACUAAUAUAUUAUCAAAUUUUACUUCCUUAUAUUUUGUUGUUUUAAUGUCCAAAAUUACCAUUCUCAAAGAUGUACAUUUUGUAUUUAAAUGCUAUGAAAAUGCUCACAGACGCCCAAUAUUUUACACUAAUGAAAUUAUUCCCGGCUAACCAAAAUGCAGUCCUUUAGAGAGACAGUUUAACACAUGCAUAUAAACCCAUAAUUACCCAUAACUGUCUGCUAUAAUUACAGUCAAUCAGUGUGUAACUAAUUUAUAGAUUUUUUUAUGACAAUACUGAAGCAGAGUUAAUUUCACUGGCUGUGCUUUCAGAUUAUUAUAGCUGGAGGAAGAUUUGGAAACGGUUGUCAUCAGAUGCAACUGCCUGAUAGAGUACUUGCCUUUGAGCUACACGACACAUUUGCUGUAAUGAGAUUCUGCACUUUUUAAACUUUAGUUUCUUGUGACACUCUAUCCAUCAGGAAAGUGGUUUAUAACUGAAGACUAUGCAACCUCUUUCCUUGAUCUUUGGCUAUAUAAUAAAUGACUUGAAUGUG